CAUUCCUGAAGUUAUUAAAUCACACAGAGCGGAACGUUUCGCGUCUGCGGAAACAAGCGCGGAAGGGAAAGUCGGCAGGAGUGCAGCCCCGGACAGGUUUCACGGUAACACCAGCUGGAUACAUGUGAGUGACAGUGUCGUCGUGGAUACGGAGCGAUGAGGCGGCUGUACAUCGGCGGGUUGAGCCACACAGUCACCCAGAAAGAUCUGAAGGAUCGAUUUGGAAAAUUUGGAGAUGUGGAAGACGUGGAGGUCCGGACCAGGAGGGAUGAUGAGGGUGUUCCUUACAAAACCUUCGGCUACAUUAACAUCAACAUUUCAGACGCUGACCUGAAGAAAUGUUUGACGGUGCUGAACAAAUCCAAAUGGAAAGGAGGAACUCUGCAGAUUGAAACAGCCAAGGAGAGUUUCCUGCACAGACUGGCUGAGGAGCGGCAGGCGGCAGCAGAGCAGCGCCUUCAGCAGCCUGCAGCUGAGGACAAGAGACAGAAGAUGCUGGACUCUCUGAGUAAAGCCGGUGUGGAAAACUUUACCAUGAAGGCUGCAGUGCCGGGGACUGAAAUACCAGGACAUAAGGACUGGGUGGUCAGUAAAUUCGGACGAGUCCUCCCCAUCCUGCAGCUCAGGUGUCAGAAAGGCAGCAAAGCCCGAACCCAAAAGUACGACCCGUCCAAAUACAGCCACAACAUCCGCAAGCUGGACCGCUCCACCGUAGACGAGUCCACUCCAGUCACCCAACUCACCUGGGAGGUGCAGGGAGGGGAUGAUGACAUCAGCAAGAAGAGGCGGGGAGAGUUUCCUCCAUAUGAGCCGCCAAAACGUAAGAAGAGUCGGACAGACAGCUCUCAGAAUGCUGUGGGCAGAAACAGAUUUAAGCAGACAGACGACUCUGUCGGUCACAAUGAGACUCAUCAGUUCACCAACGGAUAUGAACCACCAACCAACCACAGACUGGCUCAGAAGAGGCCGCUGCGUUUUACUGACAGUGAUAUCGACUCAGACGAGGAAAUCUGCAGAAUGGUGGCGUCUCAGAACAGCUCCCAUGUUGCACUGCGGCAGGAAGAGGAGGAGGAUAUCUUGGAAGUGGUCGGACUCGACUACUUAGAGAAGUCUGGGCGUGCUCGUCAGCAGCAGAAAGGAGGUCCAGAUGACGAAGAAGAGAAUGGCUACGACUCUGCAGACACCGAUGAACUCUUUGCAUCGAGAAAACCUCCUCCUCCACAGCAGGAGAGACUGACUGUGCCUACUGAAGCCCACCUCUCAGGAAACGACACAGACGGGAAGAAAAAGACGAAGAAGAAGAGUAAAGCUGGAGAGGAAGAGGACAGUUCAACAGAAGAACACCUCCUCUCUAGGAAACCUUCCUCCACACAGCAGAGAGCAGAGAGUUCUCAGAAGCAAAGCAAGAAGAUGACAGUUCCCACCGUUGUAAAGCCACCUGUCUCACAAUCAGACAGUGAUGAGGAUGAUGAUGAGGAGGACGAAGAUGAGGAGGAGUUAGAAUCAGCUGAUUACAGUUCAGAUUCUGAUUAUGAAGCCAUGUUUUCUAACGCCACCCGUCUGGAGAUUUCUUUUGCUGAUCUAAAGAGGCUAGCUGAAGAGUCCCAGCAGACCCCUGAAACUACAUCUCCCAGCAUCCCCGGCACCUCCUCUGAACAAGAAACUAACCUCACGUCUGGCCCUGCAGAACCACCUGCUCCCAAAAAAGGCACCAUGCCGGACGAGAUCCUCGCUGCCAUCAUGGAGGAGGACAGCAGCGAGGAUGAGCAGAAGAAGAAAAAGAAGAAAAGAAAAGCCGUUGUGUCAGCGCCGCUGCCGGCCUUCCAGGGGACGAGAGCGCUGGGCGAGGGAUCAGAAACACACGAGUGUCAGAGGAGACAGAAAGAGGAGGAGGAGGGAAGAGGAGUUGAGGUUAAAAAACAGAAGCUGGAACACCCAGAAACAGAGAAGAAGACUUCUGAGAGCAGUGAGGAGGAAGAGGAAGAAGAAGAGAGGGAACAACAGGAGAAAAAGGGGGUGGUGAAAAGCAUGACCAGAAAACCUGAGACAGUGUCCUCCUCUAGCAGUGAUGAUGAUGAGGAUGAUGAUGAUGAUGUGGAGGAUGAAGAUAAGGAGGAGUUAGAAUCAGCUGAUUACAGUUCAGAUUCUGAUUAUGAAGCCAUGUUUUCUAACAUCACCCGUCUGGAGAUUUCUUUUGCUGAUCUUCAGAGGCUAGCUGAAGAAUCCCAGCAGACUUCUGAGACUACAGCUCCCAGCAUCCCCGGCACCUCAUCUGAACAAGAAACUGACCUCACAUCUGGCCCUGCAGAACCACCUGCUCAGAAACAGAAGCUGGACUCUGAAGCUCCUCAGCUGAACCACAGAGCAGCUGACAGUAAAACCAGCGGGCAGAAACACACAGACACAGAGAAGAAGACUUCUGAGAGCAGUGAGGAGGAAGAGGAAGAAGUGGAGGAGGAAGAAGAGGAAGAAAUAGAGCAGGAGAAAAAGGGGGUGGGAAAGAACAUAACUGGAAAAACUGAGACAGUGUCCUCCUCUAGCAGUGAUGAUGAUGAGGAUGAAGAGGAGGAGGAUAAGAUGAAGGCUAAUCAGACUGUUCUCACAGUAAAAGCUUCAGCAAAGGCUUCAUCUUCAUCCUCCGGAUCCUCCGCAUCCUCCAGCGAGGAGGAAGAGGAGGAAGUAAAGCAGGCUCCUCCCCGGGUGCCGUUAGGAGCCAAGGAGGAAGAGGAGCGGCAGAGGGAGGCCAACCUGAGGAGGCUGGCUGCCGUCCAGCAGAGGCAGAAAGAGGCUGAAGAACACAAGAAGCUCAUCCAGGGAGCUCUGGCCAACCUGGAUGCUCCAACAGCAGGAGCAGGGAAACACAUCGUCUUUGGCUCUGAUGAUGACGAUGAUGGUGAUGGUGAGGAUAAGAAGCAAAUAACCUCAGAGGUCACUGUGCCAAAGAAGACGCUGUUCCAGGACAGCCAAUCAGAGGACGAGGCCACAGGUGAUGAGGCAGCAGUCAGUAAGAGCGACACAACAAAAGAAAAGGUGCGUCUAAAGCCGUCGGGCCCUCAGCUGUUCAGUGGCAGUGACGAUGAGGAGGAUGCUGAUGAAGAGGAGGAUGGCAGCAGGUUUGACAUCAGACCUCAGUUUGAAGGUCGAUCAGGACAGAAGCUGAUGGAGCUGCAGUCUCGCUUCGGGACAGACGAGCGCUUCCGGAUGGACUCUCGUUUCCUGGAGGAGGAUGAAGAUAAAGAGGAGGAUUCAGAGAAAAAGAAGAGCGUGACGGAGGAAGAGGAGGCACUGGAGGAGGAGAAGAAGAAGAACCUGUCCAUCCUGCAGAGCGUCCUCAGCAGCAGCCAACAAACCUGCAGCAGCAAGACACCCACCAAGGCCAAGAGCUUCAGAGAUGUCUCAGCGCUGCAUUACGACCCCAGCAGAGAGGAACACGCUGCAUUUGAAACCAAAACAGACGAAACCAAGAAGGAGAGCAAGGCGGCCAGGAGGAAGAAGAGGGAGGAGGCUCAGAAGCUUCCAGAGGUUUCUAAGGAGAUUUUCUACGACGUAUCUGGCGACCUGAAGGCUGUGUUUGGUCAGACGAAGGAGGAUGACGUGGCUGGAGAAGACGAGAAGAAGAACUGGGACCAAGAAGAAGAAGAAGAAGAGGAGGAAGGAGGGAAGGACAAGCAGCCGACCCCGCUGUCAUCUCUCCUCUCAGCGGAUCCCAGCAUGGAGGAAGUGGAGUCGUCUGGAUUUAAAUUCUCCUUCUUUGGAGACGACACAGAAACAGGAAGUGGAGAGACAGCGGAGUACAAGAUAGAGAGCAUCCAGGCGCCAAAGGUGUCAUGGCAACAAAACCUUCAUUUCCAGGACAGUAGCUCAGAUGAGGAGGAGGAAGAGAAAGAGGAAGAGGAGGAGCAAAGCAACGUUGUCGCUACAACCACAGAAGAGGAGACUUCCUCAAAGAGAGAUCUAUUCUUCUUCUACCCUGAAGAUGUCAGACUGAAAGAGGGUCCCAGGUUGUUCUGUCGCCCCUCUCAGCUGGAGGAGCAGAGGGAGCAGUGGGAGGAAAGGAGGAGCGAGCUCAAACAGGAGUACCGCAAAAAACACAAGGACGCCCGGAGGAAGCUGAAGUCCUCCCUGAAGAGCUGAGGAUUAUGGGAGGUGAAGUCUCUGUGUUUCAGUUUGCAUCCAAUGUCCUGGACUUAAGAAUCAGCAGGAGCUGACAGGUCACCUCUCCCGUGUUGGUGCCAUUUUGUGCCUCAGACUAAUUUCAACAGCAGGAAUGACACCAAAUAAAUGGCAGCUGAAGACGCAGACAUCAAGUGAAAGUUCAGGAUCAUCAGAGUAUCGGAUUUAUAUUUUUAUAUAAGUAAAUACUGUGAUAUUUUGUGGUCUUUUGGUUCAUCUGGUUUGGUUUUCUCAUCAGUUGCCGUGGAAACAAUGCUGCAAAUGAACUUGCGGACAAUGAGCAGCAGCAGCAGCAGCAGCCAAUCACAACUUCAGAGGGCCAAACAACAAAUAAACAAAGAAAAUGGUCAAAUUAAAAGAUAAUUAAGUUCACAAACAGUAAACUAAAAAACAAAAAUAACCAUUAAAUAUGAAAAAAAUAUAUUCCUUUCCUGGUUGCCUUUGCUUCAUCCAUUAAUUCAUAUGUAUAUUUAUGUGGCAAGUGUGUUCACUGUUUCUUUUUAUUUUGGUUUUGUUUUUACAUUUUAUGAGGUUUGAAUAUGAAGAAACUUAUUAAGUUUCUGGGAAUAGGAAUACACUGCAUGUCCAGUUUAUCAGGUCCAGCUAGCUUAAACCAAUGCAGUCCAAAUACAAGAAGUGCCUCCUCCAUGAAGGUUAUAAUGUUCAGUUUUUUGAAGAGGGAUUGAUUCAAGUUAUUGUUUAUUUUGGAGGCUGUAGUUUGUUCCAAUGCAAAGCUUAUUCAUAUAAUUUUUGACAAGUUGUGAUGUUUAUUUAAAAGCAGUAGUGUCACCCA